AUGUCCCCAGGUGGCAGCCCAAACAGGUGUUUGCUCUACCUGUUACCUUCAAUGAUAACAGGAUUCACAAAUGUCAACACAGACCCUGGCUGUGAUAGGGCAACAGACACAGAUAUGGUCCUCAGCCCCAGUUUGGGUCCAAAUGACAUCAUGACCCCAGGUGGCAGCAUAGGCCACCAAGAUCUGUAUAGCCCCUGUGGCAGCUUGACCAUCGAAGACCAACAUGGCCUCAGGUGUCAGUCCAGACUAUGGGCCUCUGUAUGGCCCUCACUGAUGACAGAAGCGACAGACAUCAAUACACAGCCUAGCCACAGCAGGGCCACAGACUCAGACAUAGCCCUUGGCAGCAGUAUGUGCCUGGACAUCACCAUGUUCUUGGGCAGCAGCACCAGCCUUCUAGAUUGGAAUGGCCCCAUGGUCCUAUGGGCCAGCACAGGCCUCUUAGAUCAGCAUGGCCACUGUGGGGGCACAUCCCUUGGACACCAACAUACUCACACAUUGUGGCCCAAACUCUGGUCAUCCGCAGGGACCUUGGUGGUAACAGGAGCCAAAGACAUCAACACAGGCCCCCAGAGCUUUGUCAGGGCCACAGACCAAGACAUGGUCCUUGGCAGCAGCCCAGCCCCAGACAUCAUCACCAUAGCCCCAACUGUUCCAAUCAAACACCCAUUUCCUAGAUCAAAAAUGUCCAGCAGAGACAAGGAUCCACUGGCCUCCUGCUCGGAGCAACAGGAGAAGGGAGACGUGGAGCAGGACCUGUGGGAGCUGUACAGCCAAGCAUCAUCUGGGGACUCUAUCACCAUGGAAGCAGCUCAGUCCAAGAAGGCGAGUGGCACAGAGGAGGCUCAGCAUAAGGACCAAGAGGACUUGGACCUCAUCCACAAAAGGAGGAAGUGGAAGCACUGGGAGCUGCAGCAGACCAAAGCCCAGGCAAAGAGGGACUUGAUUCUAAGAAUCAUUCCAGAAAUAUAUCAGAACCAAAGAAGAGAGAAUCUUUACCCCACACAGACGUUGAAAACAGAGAAUUUGCUCCAAAAUUUCACACAGCUACUACUCCUACAAAAUUCUUGCCCAAGAGGCUGGGAGACCUUGGUCAGGAAAAGCUGGCAUCAAUGUGUAGCAGAGGAGAGAGGACAUCUGAUUGAGACCAAAGACUUAUUUCUCCCAAGCACAGGUACCCAGGAAGAGCCUCAGUUAGUCAUAUUAGAGGGGGCUGCUGGGAUUGGGAAGUCAACCCUGGCCAGGCAUGUGAAGAGAGCCUGGGAGGAAGGCCAGCUCUACAGGGAUCGCUUCCAGCAUGUCUUCUACUUCAAUUGCAGAGAGCUGGCCCAGUACAAACAGCUGAGUCUUGCUGAGCUCAUAGCAAAAGACCAGGCUGUGCCUGAGGCUCCCAUCAGGCAAAUCCUGUCUCACCCUGAAAAGCUGCUCUUCAUCCUGGAUGGCAUAGAUGAGCCAGCAUGGGUCUUGGAGGAGCAGAAUCCUGAGCUCUGUGUGCACUGGAGCCAACAACAGCCAGUGCACACACUGUUAGGUAGUUUGCUGAGGAAAUCCAUCCUGCCUGGGGCUUCCUUGCUGCUCACAGCUCGGACAACAGUUCUGAAGAAGCUCAUUCCUUCCUUGGGGCAGCCACGUUGGGUGGAAGUCCUGGGUUUCUCUGAGUCAGGACGGAAGGAAUACUUCAACAAAUAUUUUGCAAAGCAAAGAGAAUCAAUUGCAGCUUUUAGCUUCAUUGAAUCAAACCCAGUGCUCUCAACACUAUGUUUUGUGCCCUGGGUGUCCUGGCUGGUCUGCACUUGCCUGAAGCAGCAGAUGGAACAGGGGGGAGACCUCUCAAUGACUGUUCAGACCACCACAGUUCUCUGCCUGAAAUAUCUUUCCCAGACUCUCCCAUCCAAGUACCAGGGAAAUGAGCUCACAGGGCUCUGCUCACUGGCUGCUGAGGGCAUCUGCAAAAGAAGGACUCUGUUCAGUGAGAGAGAUCUCCAGGAGCAAAGGUUAUCUGAAGAUGUCAUUGCCACUUUCCUGAAGAUUGGUAUCCUUCAAAAGCAACCCAGUUCUCUGAGCUACAGCUUCUCUCACUUGUGUCUCCAAGAGUUCUUUGCAGCAAUGUUCUGCAUCUUGGGAGAUAAUGAGAGACAUGGUGAUAUGGAAAGCUACAGAAUUGUGGAAACACUUAUAGAAGUAUAUGGAAGACAAGAUCUGUUUGAAGCACCCACCAUAUGCUUCCUAUUUGGACUUUUAAGUGAACAGGGGAUUAAAGAGAUAAGGAAGAUCUUCACAGGCCCCUUGAUCCUGCACACACCGUGGAACCUGCUGGGGAAAUCCAGUACAUUGCUCCAGCAUCAGCAGCUAUAUUCUCUGGGGUUGUUUCAUUGUCUGUACGAGAUUCAAAAUGAGGAUCUCUUGACAGAAGUGAUGCAUGAUCUUCUAAAAAUGAGGGACAAUGCCCUGACAGAUAUGGCACACCCAGUGUUUCAGACAAAUGUGAAGCAUUUGAUUGUCCAGACAGAUGUGGAGCUCAUGGUGGUCACUUUCUGCAUUAAGUUCUGCCACCAUGUGAACAGGCUUCAGCUGGAUGGGGGUGGACAGCAAGGACAAAUGCUGAUGGCCCCCAGGAUGGUUCUGUCCAGGUGGAUCCCUAUCACAGAUACCAGUUGGCAGAUUCUCUUCUCUACUCUUGAGAUCACAGGAAACCUGGAGGAGCUGGACCUAAGUGGAAAUCCAAUGAGCUACUUUGCACUGUGCAGUCUUUGUAGGACCCUGAGUUGCCCUGGAUGUCAUCUAAAGACAUUGUGGCUUAUCAACUGCAGCCUUACAUCCAGACACUGUUUGAACCUGGCCUCAGUGCUCAAGGCCAGUUCCAGCCUGACUGAGCUAGACCUGCAGCUGAAUGACCUGGGUGACCAUGGUGUGAGGCUGCUGUGUGAGGGGCUCAGGAAUCCUAACUGCAACCUCAGAAUCCUACGGAUGGACCAGACCAAUCUCAGUGACCAGGUGAUGAUGGAGCUCAGGGUCAUGGAGGCAGAGAAUCCAUGGCUACACAUCUCCAGUACAUGGAAACCACCUGUGACGAUCCCUGCUGAGAACCUAGAUGAAGAAGAAAUGAGUGAUAACCCUCUCUCAUUUAAGCAGCAGAGACUACAGUCAGCGCCCUUCCAUCCAUCUCCACCGGACUCCCCAAGAGACAAGCACCUGGAACCACUGGGGACUGAAGAUGACUUCUGGGGCCCUACAGGACCUGUGGCUACUGAGGUGGUUGACAGAGAGAGGAACCUGUACCGAGUUCAGUUCCCUGUGCCUGGUUCCUACCACUGUCCCAACUCAGGACUCCACUUUGUGGUGACAAGGGCAGUGACCAUCGAGAUUGGAUUCUGUUCCUGGAGCCAAUACCUGGACAAGACUCCCUUGCAGCACAGUCACAUGGUGGCUGGGCCUCUGUUUGACAUCAAGGCUGAGCAGGGAGCUGUGACUGCUGUGUACCUUCCUCAUUUUGUGGAUCUCCAAGAGGGACAGGUGAACAUUUCCUUGUUCCGUGUGGCCCAUUUUCAAGAACAUGGGAUGGUCCUAGAAACGCCAUCCAGGGUGGAGCAGCGUUUUGCAGUGCUGGAAAACCCAAGCUUCUCCCCAAUUGGAGUUCUAAUGAGAAUGAUUUCUGCUGUCAGGCACUUCAUCCCCAUCACUGCCACCACAUUGAUCUACUAUCACCUCAAUCUCAAGGAAGUGACAUUUCACCUUUACCUGGUCCCUAAUGACUGUACCAUUCGUAAGGUGAUGCUGAGGAUCACAAAAGUGGGGGCAGGGUGGGCUGAGAGAAAACUUGAGAUGCAAAUAGUGAGCCCCUUGGAGAGAUUCUCAACUCAGGGUUGGGAUGCAGAACUAGAACUGUGCUACCGGAGCCCCGGGGAAUCCCAGCUCUUCUCUGAGAUCUACGUUGGCCACAUGGGUUCAGGGAUUAAGCUGCAAAUCAGAGACAAGAAGCAUAUGAAUCUCAUAUGGGAAGCCCUGCUGAAACCAGGGGACCUCAGACCUACAUCCCCCAUGAGUGCUGAAACCCACAAAGAUGCCCCUGCCCUACAACACUUCCUGGACCAGCAUCGAGAGCAGCUGGUGGCCCGAGUGACAUCAGUGGACCCUCUCUUGGACAAACUGCAUGGUCUGGUGCUGAAUGAAGAGGAUUAUGAGGCGGUGCGGGCUGAAGCCACCAACCAAGGAAAAAUGAGGAAGCUCUUCAGCCUCAGUAGAUCCUGGACCAGGGCCAACAAAGACCAAGUCUACCAAGCUCUGAAGGAGACCCAUCCUCAUCUGAUCAGGGAACUCCAUGAAAAGUCAAGCAGCAUUUCUCUGGGAUCCUGACAUCUUAGUGGCUGUGGCAUGAGCACUCCCCUCAGAGUCAUGGGUUUACCUGAUUUUCCUUUGACCUUCAAUUUCUCCAUCUACAAACCAGUGGUCAUCUGAGUUGCCUCUCUGAUAGCACUGUUAUCAGGACACCUUUUGGGGAUCCAGAUGCCCCUCUUGACCUUUCCCAGCCAGAUGGUCACGUGGGAUGAGCAUCUCAGUAAACAUCCAGUGGAGUCAGCAAGUCUAUUCAGCCCUUGUCCAGUCUGUUCUUAGUGCCUGAGUGGCUAGUCUCAUGCCCACUUGGCGCAUGAUAGUAUAAGCAGUACUGGGGAGCAUGGAAAUAGAGACAA